AUGUCUGGCCUGGGUGAACGUGCAGGUAGUGAGCACAACCUGGCCAUGUAUCAAUCCAACCUGGAAUGGCAGAACUUUAAUGGCUCUCUCCCCAACGGAGCAGUUUCAAUCCACAACGGAUAUGAGGGACGCACCGACUAUGUUGCCAAAUACGGUAGCACGGCCGGCUUCUACAACCCUGACAAGGGUCCUUACUGCUUCUACCCCUAUUGUUGGAAAGAGCAUCGUGGCUCUCCAUUUCAGAUCCUGGUUAACAAAAACAACUUAGAUCUUUUACAAUGGAAGGAUGGCUCCAACGGUUCAGUGCCUCCAAAUGCAGUCCAGACCUGCCCUGGCAGUGGUAUAUAUGUUGGGAAGAACCAGUAUGGUCUUGGAAAGGUAGAUGUUGAAAAUCAGUCCUUCUACUAUCCGUGGGGAGGUAAGGAGUAUAAGGAAAAUUCCUACCAGGUCCUGACCUUUAUUUACAACUAUGUAAUCAGCGAGAACAUCUCUGUUGACGAGUAUACAAUUGAUGGGGUUAAACCCAUUCAGUAUCCUCCAGAGAUCAUGGAUACAUCACCUGUCCUCACCAACAAUGAUUGCCGUUCAGUGAAACGGACAACUACCCUCGAAAAGACAAUCCAAAAGGAGCAAAGGUGGGACACCAGCUUUCCGUUUACAGAGGGCAUCAAGUGUACCGUCACUGCCGGAAUCCCCAAAAUCAUGUCCAUAGGUAUCGAGUUGGGCACAGAAAAAACUCUCCAGUUCACCAAGGGGACCACUCAUACCGAGUCGACCACCCACGCUGUUUCUGUUGAGGCUGGAAUACCACCAAACUACUCCUGCCGUGUCAUUAUGGUGGGAUAUAAGUACGGGGCAGACAUCCCUUUCACUGCAAAACUCACACGCACCUAUAGAUAUGGGCAGACCUUUUGUGAAUACAUCUCUGGGACCUACAAAAGUGUCCAAAUGGGAGAAGUCCGGGGUGUGGUGGAUCGCUGUGAACCUAUACCUGAUCCCAAGCCCUGUCCCUUAAAAAAAGAGUAA